CUAAAGGUCACGUGCAGACAGGGUGUGGCUCUGGGAUAAUACUCUAGGGAUGGACCCGAGGCAGGCCCCUCGCCCAGCUGCCUCAUGCACUGACUGUGUCUUAGGGUCCCUGCCCCCCUAACCUGUUCCUGUUUCCCCACAGCUGGGAGCCACAAGAUUUAGGGCGACAGGACCUGCCAGCAGAAUGCCUUCAGCCCGAGAGCACGCCUCUGAGGCCACCGGGAUGGGCGCAGUGGCCGGGCCUCGGCGAGCUCCCUCCGUGCACUAGCUGGGCUGCAGGCCUGCCUGCCGCCUGCGCUGCCAUGGUGUGCUAGCCGCCGCCGCCGCCACCACUGAACCUCAGCUUUCCGCAGCAUCGGGUUCGCACGGCAGAGUAACCGUGGAGAGGCCAGGGUACCACAAACUGAUGGAUUUUGACAAGAAAGGAGGGAAAGGGGAGUUGGAGGAGGGCCGGAGGAUGUCCAAGGCCAGUGGGAGCCGGACCAGCCACGGUGUUCGAGGCACGGGGGCCAGCUCGGGGGUCCUGAUGGUGGGCCCUAACUUCCGCGUCGGCAAGAAGAUCGGCUGCGGGAACUUCGGGGAGCUCCGCCUGGGAAAGAAUCUCUACACAAACGAAUACGUAGCGAUCAAACUGGAGCCGAUCAAGUCACGAGCCCCCCAGCUGCACUUGGAGUACCGCUUCUACAAGCAGCUCAGCACUUCAGAGGGCAUCCCCCAGGUCUUCUACUUUGGGCCGUGUGGGAAGUACAACGCCAUGGUGCUGGAGCUGCUGGGGCCCAGCCUGGAGGACCUGUUCGACCUCUGCGACCGCACCUUCACGCUCAAGACUGUGCUUAUGAUCGCCAUUCAGCUGAUCACACGCAUGGAGUACGUGCACACCAAGAGCCUCAUCUACCGAGACGUGAAGCCUGAGAACUUCCUGGUGGGCCGGCCAGGCACCAAGCGGCAGCACACCAUACACAUCAUCGACUUCGGCCUGGCCAAGGAGUACAUCGACCCCGAGACCAAAAAGCAUAUCCCCUACCGCGAGCACAAGAGCCUCACCGGCACUGCCCGCUAUAUGAGCAUCAAUACCCACCUUGGCAAGGAGCAGAGCCGUCGGGAUGACUUGGAAGCCCUGGGCCACAUGUUCAUGUACUUCCUGCGUGGCAGCCUGCCCUGGCAAGGGCUGAAGGCGGACACGCUCAAGGAGCGCUACCAGAAGAUUGGAGACACCAAGCGGGCCACGCCCAUCGAAGUGCUCUGCGAGAACUUUCCAGAAGAGAUGGCGGCCUACCUGCGCUACGUGCGGCGGCUGGACUUCUUCGAGAAGCCGGACUAUGAGUACCUGCGCAAGCUCUUCUCCGACCUGUUUGACCGCAGCGGUUUCGUCUUCGACUACGAGUACGACUGGGCCGGGAAGCCCCUGCCCACACCCAUUGGCACGGUGCACCCCGACAUGCCCACACAGCCCCAGCUCCGUGACAAGGCCCCCUCGCACCCCAAGCACCAGGCGCUAAACUCCACCAAUGGGGAGCUGAAUGCAGACGACCCUACGGCUGGCCACUCUAACGCACCCAUCACGGCGCCCGCAGAGGUGGAGGUGGCUGAUGACACCAAGUGCUGUUGCUUCUUCAAGAGGAGGAAGAGGAAAUCCCUGCAGCGACACAAGUGAGCGACCAGUCUCUGCCGAGCCCUUGGCACCACUGCCGCGCCGGCCGCCAGAGCAGGCCCGCCUCCACACGAGACGACCCAGGUUUCUCCUCCGCGUGUCCACCCUCCCGAGAGCAUGAACUCUGCCAGCGAGGAGGUGCGCGCCCUCCUGUCUGCUGGGUGAAUCAAGUCCACCUGGUCUCCCUCCAUCCAAAGCCCGUUUCCACGAGGGGGGGCAGGGCUGGCCGCUGCUGCUCACAGGCCCGGCCAGGUGCCAACAGGUGGUGCUGCUCGGGGCCAAUGUGUUGGGGAGAGGCCUUGCGCCCCCCAGACCAAAGGGGCAGGUGGGGGCAGGGUUGUGGCCGCCCCCCAACCAAAAUGCUGCACCAAAGCUCUCCCCAGCCCCCCAGCCUCGCCGGCCUCACUUGGCGCCGGCUCCUCCUGCCAGGCAGGUGGCUGCAAUGCACCUGCUUCCAGAGGCUGGGUACCGGACCAGCGGGACUGCCCCUGGCAUGGCUGUCU